AUGUCUGAUGAACAGGUGGCUGUGAUGGUUAGUUACCAGAUAUUGAACAAGGUUGGGAGGUGGGACAUGAUUUUCGCUUUGUUGCUAGUGAUGUUUAUCGUCCAAAGCAAGCGACGUGGCAAGACAAGUAUCCUGGCGGCUGGAGGUGCCAAGCAUAAUACCCAACGAGCAAAAUCGGACAACUCGAGAGACUUUGUAAAGGUCAUGAACGACGAGCGAAAAAACUGCAUCGUAUUCUAUGGUUCACAAACUGGUACGGCCGAAUCGUAUGCCAUCCAGCUAGCCAAGGAGGGCAAGGCGCGAUUUGGGCUUGAGACCAUGGUGGCCAACAUGGAAGAUUACGACUACGACAUGUUAGAUCAGCUGCCUAACGACAAAGUUGCUUUUUUCAUUCUCGCAACUUAUGGAGAAGGCGAACCGACCGACAACGCAGUUAACUUCUACAACUUUAUCACCAAUGGCAAUGCUACCUUCAGCCAAGGCUCAUUGCUCACUCACUUUCAAUACGCGGCCUUUGGACUAGGCAACAAAACUUAUGAACACUACAACGCGGUAGUGAGGAGCGUGACUGCGGCUCUAGAUGCUCUAGGUUCUUCGAGGAUCGGCCCUGUUGGUGAGGGCGAUGAUGGUUCAGGCACAACGGAAGAGGACUUCCUUAGCUGGAAACAAGAAAUGUGGAACGCUUUAGUUUCGAGAAUGAACCUCGAGGAGGUGGAGAGCGUCUACGAGCCCAGGUAUAUCGUCGUCGAAUCUGACGUCCUUACACUGGAGUCCUCGGAGGUAUACGUAGGAGAGCCUAAUGAGGCUCACUUGACUCAAGGACUGAAAGCUCAGUAUGGCCCUUACGACAGCCACAACCCAUACGUCGCCCGUAUUAACGCAUCUCGAGAUCUCAUCUCCACCAAAGAAAGAACUCGUAGAUGCAUUCACGUGGAGGUCGAUAUCAAAGGCUCUGGUCUCACAUAUGAGACGGGCGAUCACUUGGCCGUAUGGCCUUCGAACGCAGAUCAAGAAGUUGAUCGCCUCCUGCGAGUUCUGGGACUUCAGGAAAAGAGGCAUCACAUCAUUAAAGUUCAAGCUGUGGAUUCUCUCACAAAGGCUCCAUUUCCGACACCAACAACUUACGAUUCUAUGAUGCGCUACUACCUGGAAAUCAGUGGUCCUGUUUCCCGUCAGAUGCUCGCCGACCUUGUCCCAUUUGCGCCCGACGAAGAUGUCAAGAAAAGAAUCAGCGCCAUCAGCAGUGAUAAAGAGUUGUUCCACUCAGAAAGUCAUCUUUCAAAUCUCGCUCGGUUGCUUGAACGCGUAGGAAAUGGAAAUCCGUGGUCCAAGAUUCCACUCUCUUUGUUAAUCGAAGGACUACCCAAACUCCAACACCGCUACUACUCCAUCUCCUCGUCCCCUCUUGUGCAGCUUGAUGUCAUUUCGAUCACAGUGGCUGUCCAAUCCGAGUUAGUUCAAGCCCGACAAGACGAGUAUCACUUUUGCGGUGUCGCUUCAAGCUUUCUGCUGGCUUUCCACAGAAAUCGAAUCCACGAACCACAGGCAUCUAACAGUUCGUAUGACUUGACAGGGCCUCGUCGAAGGUUCAUGGGAGAGAGUAUUCCAAUCCAUAUACGGCAUUCCAGUUUCAGGCUCCCCAAUGACUUGUCGAGGCCAAUAAUCAUGAUAGGGCCAGGUACUGGCGUAGCUCCAUUCAGAGGCUUCGUUCAAGAGCGUGCAGCGAGGAGGAGAAAUGGAAAUUCAAUCGGUCAGAUGGUAUUGUUCUUCGGAUGCAGGCAAAAGGAUGAAGACUUUUUAUAUCAAGAAGAAUGGAAGGCGUACGAAUCCGAACUCGAAGGAAAGUUCAAGCUUAUUACUGCCUUCUCGAGAGAGGGGGCUGGAAAGACGUACGUGCAACACCGCCUCAAGGAAGCCGCUACCGAAGUUUACCAACUUCUGGAACAAGAUGGUCACAUCUAUGUGUGCGGCGACGCGGCACGAAUGGCCAAGGAUGUAGGCUAUACCUUGGCAGAGAUUAUUGCCCAAGGACGCGGUGUGGGGCUUACUGAAGCCAAAGCAGUGCUGAAGGAUAUGCGAGCCGAGAACCGAUAUCAGGAGGAUGUUUGGGCGUAA